GGGCCGGCGCUGGUGCUCCUGCAUGGGUUCGGGGCCGCUGUGGGGCUGUGGGUGCUGAACCUGCAGGCUCUGGCGCAGGCUGGCCGGCCGGUGUUGGCUCUGGAUCUGCUGGGUUUCGGGCGCAGCAGCCGGCCGGUGUUCAGCACUGACCCUCAGCAGGCGGAGCAGCAGCAGGUGGAGGCGCUGGAGCACUGGAGGAGCCAGCAGAGGGUGGAGAGCAUGAUCCUGCUGGGACACCAUCUGGGAGCGUACAUAUCCGCUGCGUACGCACUCGCUUACCCACAGCGAGUGAAGCACCUGAUUCUGGUGGAGCCGUGGGGUUUCUCCGCCAGACCCAGUGCCCCGGAGCGCUGGGUUCCCUUCUGGAUUAAAGUGUUCGGAGCUGCUAUGAAUCCGUUCAACCCUCUGGCUCUGCUGCGGCUUGCGGGACCCCUGGGUCCUCUGCUGCUGCAGCUGCUGCGCUCAGACUUCAAGCAGAAAUACUCUGCUCUGUUCUCUGACAACACUGUGCCGGACUACAUUUACCACAUCAACACACAGACGGCCAGUGGAGAGGUGGGCUUUAAGAACAUGACAGUCCCAUACGGGUGGCCCCAGCACCCCCUGCUCGAGCGAAUGGAUAAGAUCAGCCCGUCUCUGCCCAUCAGCUUCAUCUACGGCUCUCGCUCCUGCAUUGACGGACAAUCAGGAAGAAUCCUGCAGGAAAUGCGGCCCGGAUCACACACUGAAGUCAUAGUGAUUCAGGGCGCUGGUCAUUACGUGUUCGCUGACCAGCCGGAGGACUUCAACCGGGCUGUGCUGGAGAUCUGCAACUCUGUCAAACACACAGAGCCACAGAACAACUGAGACACACACACAAGCGCACACACACAUACACACACACACACACACACACACACACACACACAGCAGGAGCUCUCCUCAUGACCUCUGCCACUAUUUCAACAUCAUUUCACUCAUUUUGAAAUAUGAAAUAUAUCUGAAACACAGUACUUGGAUUAUAUUGGCUCACACUUAUAGUAAACACUGUAGUGUUUUUGAGCAGUACUAUAGUAAAGCACUUGAAUCAAUCUGCUGUGGUGAUUCUACAGUUGCUAUGGUAACACAUCAGCUGAAGUAAUUGA